AUGGCCGUAUACAUCAAACAGAGCCCUCCCCGCGAGGGAGUACGGGGGGGGUGGGAAGACUUCAAGUGGGAGUCUCUUAAGACGCAGACGAACGCCGACCGUGACUAUUACCUCGGCGCUAGUGCGAAGGUAGGAAUUUGCACGCGGGGGGGGAAAUUCGAGAAGUUCGAUUGGUGGACGAAGAAGAAAGAAACUGAAGUUCCCAGUGGGGCAGAAGAUGAGGAGUUAAGGAGAGUGAAGCGCUUUGAGCAGCAACUCCUAGAAGAGGCUUUGGGACGCAGGCCGCGGCACCUCCUUGCAGGGGAAGCUCUUCAAGACGAAGAACCGCCGUCUGCAGCUGCAGUUGCAACUACAGCUGAAGAUGACCGGCGGGCUGCUGAGAAGGCGCUGAAGAAGCUGAAGAAAGAACAGAAGAAAUUGAAGAAGCUGCGGAAAAAGGAACGCAAAAGGGAAGCAAGGCAUCUUCGGGCGGUGAAGAAAGAGCGACACAGCGAGUCCCGAUCCUCCCGAGGCCGUUCAUCUUCAGCUGAUAGCCGGAGGCACAGCCACAGCCGCAGCAACAGCCAUCCUCGCGUCAAGAGGCGCCGGGGAAGCCCAAGCCCGAACUACCGGAGCACUGACCCCAGCAAGAGCCGGCGAGGGGAGGGGCUGGACCUUGAUGGGGAAACGAUAAAGCGCUGCUCCUCUGAAGAGCGAUCGUCGAAGAUAAGAUCGGGGGGGAAAGAGCGAAUGCAAAGAGAACGGAAGGAAUACAGGGAUGAAGAUAGACCCCACAGACAUGCGUUCAAGAGCAAACGUCGGUCGCGUUCCCUGCAGAGGGAGGAGCAGAGGGAAAGGAGCAGCCGACAGCACCACAGGAGCAGUGGGCGGGCCGGGGAGGGCACUGAGCGGCAGCGGGGCAGUACAGAAGAGAAGGCCCACAGGCGUCGCCAUUCAGAGAGUGCAACGGCAGGCGACGAACAGCCAGUGCGGCCGCAAGGAGCUAUCAAGACAGAACGACGCAGAUCACGCAGCAGGCGACGCAGCGCCGAAGCAUCUACACGGAGAGGGGAGCGACAACGGACCAGGUCAAGGGAACGGCUGGAAGACAAGAGAUCACGAGGAGAACGACCAAGCUCAGCUAAUAAAGAGUCUCUGGUGGGGGACAGAGCCAGGGAGGAGAGCCGAAACCACCGGAGGAGCACAGAGAGAAGACACACACUGAAGGAUUCAGAUGGCCUACGAAUCAAAAGAGAGCCAUGA